AUGGCUGGAGGUUGUGGUAUGAGUGACAGUGAUACAAACUUGAAUGUGAAAAAAGAUAGCUCAAAGACAAAGAGAAAAAGUAAUGAAGAAUAUAUAGAAGCUCAAUUACAAGCUUAUAUUUCAAGACUAAAAUCAGAUAAGAUUCCAAUUAAUAUUGGCAUCGAACAAGCAAAUUCAGUAGAUAAUGAACAAUGGUCGGCUUAUAUUAAAGAAGUAAAAAAAUUUUCAGAGGAAAUGAAGCAUAAUGCUGAAUGGACUUUUGUAAGUGUCUUAAUUAGUCAAACGAACAAGAUUAUACAAAUAUUGAAAAAUAAGAAAUUUAGAGAUGAUGACAAGCGUAAAAAGGAUUUAAUGACAAUUCUAACAAAUUCAAUCCUGGACGAUACAUCUGCUACUCAAGCUAGUCGAUGCAAACAGGUUUAUGAUCAUAUUACUGAUUUAAUAUUGAAAUUAGAGGAUCAAAAAAUUCUGAUAGAGACUUGGUAUCCUUUAUUAAACAAAGCUGAUAUCACCUACUACUUUCUACAUGAUUCAAAUUUCAAAAAGAAAAAAAAGUUUAAUCUCUACAAAGAGUUCAUUAAUCUAUUGGUUUCCGAAUGUAAAAAUAGUCUAACUAAGGCUGCACAAUCUUAA